AUGCCGGUUCCGACGCCACGACCCACGGCCGGCGUGGAACACUCACCCGGUGGAGCUGGUGCAGUGAUGGAGAGCGAGGCGCAGGGGAUCGCCGCUGCCGUGACUGCGAAAGUCGUCCAAGAGCUUAGGGACGACCUGGUGAAGGCGGUCACCUCCACGACCCAACAGGGCCUUGGUACCGCCGGGUUUAGCCUCCUCCCAACUGCUCUCGCGACGGUGAUGCACGGCGGUCGCGCAACCGCCGAGGAGCAUGGGCCGGCGCCAAGGCAGUCGGGGAAAAGGGUCACCGACGAAAAAUCCCUGACCGGCGACCAGACCAGCGGCAAUAAGCGAAGCAGAGGACCCGCGGUGAAACGUGGUGUGGGCGUGGAUCCUCCCGCCGCUCCGUAUGUUCGUAUCCCCGGCGUCCAAGACUUGCUGAAAGAGGUGGUCGACCAAGGAGCAGAGGCAGCGAACGUCACGGCGGCAACUGCAGGGCCGAGUGCCUCAACGGUGGAGGCGGCUGUGUGGAGAGUGAUGGAAGAGGCCGGCGGGGUGGACGAAGAGAUCCUCGCCAGCAUCGUGAUGCCGGACCGGGAAAUCGAGGUCAUGCGGGAAAAACUACAAGCAGCAGCUCCCACCGUGGGAGCGCAACAAGGUACACCCGCCGCCUCAACUGCUCCUGCGGAGGACCAUACCGCGGCUGGCGCCAAAUCCCCCCCGGCCAUGACCGGUGAGGUCGGCGACGGGAAGCACAAGCGCAAGGGCAAGGACAAGGCGAAGGGCGGCCCGGCGAAGGCCGGCUCUUCCAAGGGGAUGUCCAAAGCGGUCGCGCAGGGUCGGAAGGGUUCAGGCGUCCGCGUUGAGGCUUCAACGGGGCUGGCCACGUCAGAGAUGAAGUUUGGGAAGAAGAGCCGUUACAUCUGCCGAUCGAUGGACAAGUCCGAGGCCGCCUACUGCAUCGCUGUCGCCGUUUCGUCGUACGAUGGCUUCGUCAGCGACGUGAUUCUGAACGAGUUCGAUGGGGUCAAGGAGGAUGUGAUGGCGCAGUAUAAGGCGGACUGGAAUGUGGCGCGAUUGAUUCCGGGGGGCAUGUGGACGGUCAUGUGGAGCCGAGGGGCGAACGUCUUCCGCGACAGGUUCCAAGAGGUGGUCGCGGAAUACAACAGGAUAGCCGACGCCGACCGCGCAGCUCUCAUGUUGGCUCUUCGCCCAGCGGUGUGGUUCAGCGACCUUCCGGAGUCGACCGAGCCCGAGAAGGCCGCAAAGAACAAGGUGGUGAGCGACAUGAUCGCACACGUUUUGAUGUGUGCCGCCUUCGCACCUGUGGCCGCAAAAUUGACGCCCAUUCCGGGAGUUGGGUCGGAGCGGUUGUCCGAGAUCCUCGCCGGUACUGCGUGCGCGGUGUGGUGUUUUUCGGAGACCAAUGCCACGGCGGAAGUAGCGGCCGGUGAAGGGGGGGCGGCAGCGACCGUGCGCGGAGCGUCCAAAGAGUCCGCAAAGAGGUGUAAGAGCGUCAUCGAGGUGGUGCUUCAACGGGCGUCGUCCCGGAAGGUCGGCGUAGAAGAGGUCACCAACACGGUGACGAAGGACCUGCAUGGCGCUGUGCGGAGGUCACUGCCUGAGGACGGCGACGAGCGCGACCAUGACGAUCUGAUCGCUCGUGUCAUGAUCGAGAGCCUCGCCUUCUGA